AGAAAGUUUCAAUGCAUUCCAACAUUUCAUACACUAAUACACUUUGUAAAACUAAUUCUUGAAUUAUGCAUGCAGCUAAGUUUACCAAAGAGAUCAUUUACAGCUGUGAACUUUGGAAUAGCAGGGCUUACGAUCUACACUUUGAAAAUCGAAAAACAUUAUUAUUAACACAUCUUUGAGACAAAAGUUAUAAUAGUAGCUAAAUUUAUUUCAAUUUUGCAAAGCAUUUAAAGCGAAUAUAUUUUUAUGUUAUGCCCUGCUUCCUAGGCUCAAUGAUUUUGUCCCUUUUGUAUUGUCAUGAAUAAUGAACUUCAUUAAACUCACUUUUCGGGAAAUUGUAAUAAUUUUCGGCAUUUUUCGUAACAGAAAAUCAAAAGCUGCUAUUUCAGUGUGCAGCAAAAAGUUGUGCAUUUGUGUAAAAAUACCAAAACAACAGAAAAACAGAACAAAUUUAACGGAGUUCUUGAUUGUCUCUUAUCUUUAUGUUCUAUUUUACAAAAAAAAAGGGAAUAAGCAAACAACCCGUUAUGUAGCUUUGCUUCUGUCGCAAAAUUUCAAAAUUCACACCUUUACAAAUGGAGAAGCUAUCUUAUGAAAUUAUGCACUUGACUUUAUAAGAAAUCCACAAUAAUUCUUAUCUUUAGUUACUUUGCUCAAAUUCAAAUUUGUUAGCGGGUAUUUCGAAGUCUAUCAUAGGAGUCGACUUCCUUCUUACUUACAUAUGUUGAUAUUGUUGUUGUUAACAUUGAGCACGUUGGCAUUGUCGAUUUAUGCCGCAACACACUCACACCCACAUACAUACCGAAGCACACACAAACAAGCAAGAGACAAGAGGCAUGUCUCACACACACACACACAGACGCACACACUUGUCCACUGGCAAAGGCGUUAUGUUAAUGAGGUUUCAGUUGCGCCAUGUUGGCCAUAAUUAGUUCAGACAGCCAGCCGCAGGAUGUGCAGACCCCUUGCUAAAGGAUAUCAGCGACAUGUGUGUGACCAGACAGGCAAAAGGUGUAGAAGGGGGCGUGUCAGGGCGGGGAAGCAACGUGUUGAUGAGCGAAUUUUGAGAAAUAUGCCAACGAUUAAUGUUAUGCUGCCGGCGCACAAACUUGUCCAACUACGAAGGUGGCAUAACAUUUUGAUUACAUCGCAGUAGUGGAAUGAGGGGGGAAGAGGGAGGGUUAUGAUAGAGAUUACGAUGUGUCCCGCCCAGUUUCAAUUAGUUGUGCGCCGCAAUGACUUGGACUCGAUUCGUGCGCUGUUUAGCGAAAAGGAGAAAGAGCUCAGUCUGGCGGUGGCCAAGGUGGAGGCGCUAACGCGGCAGCUGGAGGAGCUGCGACGCGACCGCCGUUGUCCGGUCAAUUUGCUGGCCACAAAUGGCAACGGUGCAACACAAGCGUUGCCGCCUCAAGCGUCGCGGGAACUCGAGAAACUGCGACGUGAAUUGAUGUAUCGCAAUCAGUUGUCCUUGCAGCAGGAUGCGAGGUUGCACAUGCAACGCGAGGCGCUGCAGCAGCGGCAAGCGGAACUGCGCUCGGUGGAUCAACGCAUCUACGAGCUGCAGACGCGUUUGCAACGCAAGAAGCAGGCAAAUACGCAUCAUCAGCAACAGCAGCAGCAACAACAACAACAACAACAGCAGCAGCAGCAACAGCAGCAGGCGCAGCAACAACAGCAAUUGCAGCAACAGCAACAGCUGCAUGUGCAAUCCGCGCAAUUGCUGGCGGCAACAGCAGCAGCAGCUCAGCAGCAACAACAACAACAGCAGCAACAACAGCAGCAGCAGCAACAGCAACGACAGACUGUCUCGAAGCAUGGGGGCGUGGCAGCACUUAAGCAACAACUGCUGCAGAAGCAAGUGAAUCAAUUGGCCGCAGCAGCAGCCGCUGCAGCCGCAGGACGUGCCGCAGAGCGAGCGAUUCAACGCGGCAGCGUCAAUGUGGCAGCCGUUGAGCCUUUCAUACACACGCCCCAAAAGUCGACGAUAACAACGACAGCCAGCUAUCUGAGUGCGGGUGGCAACUUGCUGAAGCAUGCAGCAGCCACGGCGAAUACGAAUCAGCAGAAUCAACUGAUACAGGAUCUGAGCCGGGCGCCUGGCUUCUUUCCAGCUAGCAGCAGCAGCAGCAGCAAUGUGACAACGACAACAACCACAACGAACAGCAACAGCAGCGAGAGUGAUGAAUCCAAGCUGGCAAAGAAGUUGCUUACGGCAACGAGUGGCAACAACAACAGCAAGGCAAAGACGGAGGCAGAGCUGCGCAAGCAAGCUCAGAGCGAGGCCAUGGACAGCACAACGCACAUCUACGCUGAGGUGGGACCCAAGAAGCGGGAUCGAGAAGCAGCAGCAGCGGCGGCCGCAGCGGCGGCAGCAGCAGCCGCAGAGGCAAACGCAGCGGCAGCAGUAGCAGCAACAACAACAGCAACUCCCUCGACAAAUGUUGUUACUUCGCCGGUCAGCAAGAUACCCAAGAGCAUCUCAACGAGCAGCUCCGCCUCCGCUUUGAUCAACAAACUGAAUCAGCAAGCGGCCAACAAGGAUGCGCAAGAUCAAGCCAAGAAGAACGAGAUUGCGGUCACAAGCGAAACGCUCUCGGAGCGCAACACGCAACAGCAACUCACGGUGCACAGCAUGCCACUUGGCGCCGUCAGCAAAUCGGUGGCCAUGGCGCCAUCUGGCUCCGCCACCAAACCGUUGCAAGUGCAGGUUGGCAAUCUCGCAGUGCCGCCACGCAAACCCAUCAGCAGCGUGGCACCCACUUCAAUGAGCAACAGCAGCAACAACAACAACACCAGCAGCAACAGUAGCGGCAGCGCCAUACCCAAGAUGAUCACUUACAGUCCCAAGGUGAAUCGUGUGGCGCCCAACGUCGUGUUGCCAGCUGAAGCGCGUCCCGCGCUGCCCCCGAAGCCCAGCAAAAUGUCGCCCACAGAGCAGCCCAGCGAUGCAGCAAUAGGCACAACAGCCACCACAGCAGGAGCACCGUCAGCAACUGCAACCACAGCAGCGACCACAAGUGGCAAGUCGCUGGGGCAGCCACAAGUGCAAACCUUCGGACUGCAGUCGCUGAACAUCAAUGACAAUUUGCCCAUCAAGGCCAAGCCUCUUACCAUACGCAAGCAGCCGCUGUUCGAGCAACCGCCGCGACUCAAGGCCACGCCCAUUGGCACAGCAGGCGUGGCAAAGCCGGCGAGUCAACAGCUGUUGUUGCAACGCAAGCCAGCAGAAGCACAGCUGAAGGAGCCGCUCCGACAGCUGGCGCAAGAAGCAAGCCGUGUGGCAGCAAGCGGCACAAAUGUGGUGGAGUCGCCACAGCACUCGCCCAACAGCAACUCGCAGAGCAGCUCCAGCGUCGAUGAAACGGAUCGCAUGAACUUGGCAGCAACUCAAACGGAGAACAAUAAUAACAAUAAUAAUAAUGGUGGCAGCAACAUUAAAGAUCGCGCUGUCAGCAAACCGAAGUUGGCGCGUCGUGUGAGCUUUGAUCCUUUGGCCUUGCUGCUGGAUGCAAGUCUGGAAGGUGAACUGGAGCUGGUGAAGAAGACGGCCAUGCAGGUGGCCAAUCCAAGUGCGGCCAACGACGAAGGCAUCACGGCGCUGCACAAUGCCAUCUGUGCGGGCCACUUUGACAUAGUCAAAUUUCUGGUGCAGUUUGGCUGCGAUGUGAAUGCACAGGAUUCGGAUGGAUGGACGCCGUUGCAUUGCGCCGCCAGUUGCAACAAUUUGUCCAUGGUCAAGUUUCUGGUGGAGAGCGGCGCCUGUUUGUUUGCCUCCACGCUCUCCGAUCACGAGACGCCAGCGGAAAAGUGCGAAGAAGACGAAGAAGGCUUCGAUGGCUGCUCCGAGUAUCUGUACAGCAUUCAAGAGAAGCUGGGGAUUCUGCACAAUGGCGAUGUCUAUGCCGUCUUUUCGUAUGAGGCACAGAACAGCGAUGAGCUGAGUUUUCAUGUCAACGAGCCGUUGAUCGUGUUGCGCAAAGGCGACGAUGCCGAAAAUGAAUGGUGGUGGGCACGUAAUGCCACCGGCGAAGAGGGCUACGUGCCACGCAAUCUGCUUGGGCUAUAUCCACGAGUGCCGCCGCAGUCGCCACAUUUCAGCGAUUAGCAGUUAAUACGCUUCACCAUACUCAAGAGAAAGGCUGGCCGACUCAUCCAGAAGCGCUACAUAUCCAAGUACAUCUGAUGGGCUGAUGGGCAGGAGCACAGAUGGAUGCCGAUGCCAAGCACGUGCACGUGCAAGGCAGCUUGCUGCAGCAUUCCCUGGCCAACGGAGCGUAUUAGUUAUGAGCUGGAAUUAUUUAUCAUAGCUCAUGUUUUUCUUUCCUGUUUACUUUUUGUUCGAAAAAGCCACAUGAAGGAAACCAGGCGCACCCUCACACACAUAUAACUACACACCCUCUACACACAUCCACCCACACACACACACAUUGCCAUAUGUCUUAGCGAUGCUCGUGUGUGCGUGUUGCCUUGCAACUAUCUGUGUAUGUGUUGGCCAUCAAAUGUGCAACAUUUGCUGGCUCCCGAGUCAGCUAUUUAUCACAACGCUGAAGCCAGAGAACAUAUCCAAGCCCAGCCACGGAGCUACAAUUAGCCACAGCUUCUCGGCACACACUGACGUCCUGCACACGUACAAUAAAUUGGAUUUCACUUAAGCCCCCCUAGAUUAAGGCCUAGACUAAUAACUUAAGCAAUAUAUGUACCUACCUACCCAAUCAUAUUUCCAAAACUCAUUCCUUCCUUCUGUCGCCGCCCCCUUAACAACAGCUCGCCACAAAUUGCUUUAACUUUGUGCAUAAACCGUAUAAAAUGAAAACUGCACAACUGCAGACUUGAAAAUGAAAUUAAAAUAUGAAAUAACAUUGGCAGCAUUUGAUAGUGGAGAAACGAGCUUGUUAAUUGCCAGCAUAUCAAGUUAAUUGCAAACAAGAAUUGCAAACUUGCAACACAAACAUAUUUUACACAGACAAAUCGAAUGUGAUUUUUGUAUGUAGACAAACGACAAAAUCGAAUUAAAUAUCCUUAUACUAAAAAUAUAUAUAUUAUAUAUUAAUAAUUGAAAAUAAUAAUAAUAUUAAUACUAUUGCAUGAUGUACAGUACUUACGAAUAAAAACUGCUUCUUUAUCAACUUAAAACCCUUAA